UUAUUUGUACCUUUCUAUUUCCAGGGGCGUACGUUCGGAUCUUUAAUAAGAAACUUCCUGCAGCUUUCGGAACCACUCAACGACACCUAUCUGCCACUGUACAAAACUGAUGAAGGAAAAAAAGUGUACAACGAAACGCUCGAGUCAGUGAAGAAAUCCUUCCCGCAGUACAUCCGCGAACUGGAAGGUACAGCCGAUGGUGCACAAGUCGAGUUUCAUAAGCUAUUCCUUUUGCACAUGGAUGAUAUCCUUCCGAUUGCCGUAACUGGUUCCAACAGCAUUGAUCAGCCGAUCGGGUGUUCGACAGUUUGUGUCAAUGAGCCAGAUUUCGAAAUCCUCGGCCACACGGAGGACGCUCUCAGUGAGGUGUUGAACCACUUCUACUUCGUGUCGGCACAUAUCAUUUCGGAUUCCCCCCAGGGCAAGUACAACGUCACCGAGGAGCGCUUCACUUCGCUGUGCUACGCCGGUCACCUGCCCGGCUACACCAUGAACUACAAUCACCAUGGAUUGAUCUUCAGCAUCAAUACGUUGAGCGCGAAAAAACUGCUUAGCGGCAAAACCCCCCGUCACUUUAUCACACGUGCCCUUCUCUCGGCGGAGAACUUUGUCCAGGCUCAACAGAUUUUGCGAGAUAGCGGCGUGGGAGCAGCCGAUGGAUGUUCCGUCAAUAUGACUUUCUUGAAGUGAGUGAUAUGAGUUUUUUUUUAAUGUAGGAACUGAUACUUUAUUAUCUUUUUCAACAAAGACUUGGUGUUUACUGCAGUGUCAGAAACAUAAACGCUGCUCCGCUAACUGCUAGUUAGUCCGUUAACUUUUGGAUAGCGAAUAAAUCUUCUCGCUAAACUUUCAAUAGGAAUAGGAAAGCUAAAUCUUUUAAAUGUGUCGAUUUGAUGAUAGACGAAAAAAAUCUCCAUUUCUCGUUCUUCCGGUUCAAAAUUUUAAGUCCGAUCCGAUAUUUUUUUAUUCAAUGUUGAUUCUAUAAGAUAGUGGAUCUCAAUUUCAACUAGAAUAAUAAAAAGUGUGUUUUUUUUUUUGUUUUAA